AUGAAUACAUCCGCACCCCACGACGAUGAAGCCAUCACCACGUACAGCAUGCAUGUCUCCGCCAAAUACCUUGAGCUCACCAAGAAGAAGUUAGAGUUGACACGUCUACCGCGUGAACUAGAAUUGCCAGAUGAGAGGAUAUGGGAGCAAGGUACACCGAAGAGUGUGCUUGAGCCGCUCUUGGACUUUUGGCUCGAAGGUUACGACUGGCGCGCCGCCGAAUCGCGCUUCAACUCGACUCUCCCUCAAUACCGCACAACCAUCACCAUACCCUCUGUUACAUCUCCUGGAACCACACAAUCCCUACGCAUACACUUCGUACACAAGCGAUCUAAACACCCCAACGCCAUCCCAUUGCUUCUCUGCCACACGUGGCCGUCGUCGUUUAUCGAGGUCCAACGCGUCAUUGAUGGGCUGACGGAUCCACACUCUCUGCCAGGGCAUGCGAACAGUGCACAGCAGGCGUUCCAUGUUGUGGCGCCGAGUAUACCGGGGUUUGGGUUUAGUGAUGCAAGUAUGGAAGAAGGGUUUGGUCUGCAUGGGACAGCGGAUGUGUUCCAGAGGUUGAUGGGGAGAUUGGGAUAUGCACAAUUCGUCGCUCAUGGAACGGGAUGGGGAUUUGGUAUAUGUCGCGCGUUGGCAUUGAGACAUCCAGAGAGUUGUCGGGCGGUGCAUACUACGAAUCCAUCGUUUGACAAGCCGAACUUGAAGAGCGGGCCGAUGCGGUAUCUCAAGUACCGGGUUGCGAAGCUGACACGGGCAAAGGUGCCGUUACUGAGUUUUGGAUAUAUGCCGAAUGAAGUGCAGACACCUUCGAAAGGCCUGCAUGGUAAAGACCCGGCAACAUUGGAUGCAGUGUAUGGCGGUGAGCCGUUAGGACCUACGCUGCAUCGUCUCUACUCGCUUCGGCCGCAGACAUUGGCCUUCUCUUUAUGCGACUCGCCAGUGGGAUUGCUCGCCGCGUUGCUCGAUAUAAUACAUACGAGAGAUGUACCGCCGCGUCCUCUCUCGUCGCGGCCAAGAAGUCCCUUUCUUUCACCGGUUGAGCUAGAGAUGCAGCGGGGCGAGGAAGAGCAGGAGGAAGAGGAGGAUGUUCCUUCGACAUCUACGGCACAGCCUGGAGGUGCGACGAGCCCAGAUAGAGUGGACGGCGAUGGGAAAAGUUAUACAUGGAGUCCUACGGAGGUGCUGAACUUUACAAUGUUGCAAUGGUUACCAGGGCCUGAAGCGGCCCUCCGCUGGCUCCGCCGCGCGCACAUCGACAUGCAAUCCCCCUCUUACCAACCCUUCACAUCCACUCCCCUUGGCAUCUCCACGUUCCUCCAUCCUAACAGCAGCACCGCAACACCGCUAAUAUGGGGUGCACGUUCCUGGGACAUAUCCUGGGCGAAGCGCCAUGCUGGCCGCCCCGCAAUGUUGCCAGGCUUCGAGGCACCAGAUGCGCUAGUAUUGGAUCUGAGAGAAUGUUUCGAGAUGAUGAUCAAUAGAGGAAAGCUGAAGUUGAAGAUGCCUGAACGGGAAGGUUAG